CUAGCCUAUGCAACUUGUACUCUACAUGCCCUGUCAAUCUGCUGGAUAUAUUUAAUUCUUACCAGAUUCCUGUGAAGUGAGGUAGCACAUGAUGUGUGUGGGCCUGGAAAAGAUAAGUCUCAAUCCCUCCACUUACUGGCUGUGUAGCCUUAGAGGAGUUCCUAACUCUGUACCUUUCCACUGUCAUGUAAAAUGGGGUUAUAACAGCCCCUCCAGACGUGACACAGAUUGGCCAUAUGAAUUUAAGUAUACUUGGUGAAUGGCUUUUUUUGGAGGUUAUUUUUAUCCUCAUUUUACAUAGAAAGGAGGUAAGGGCCUGAGAAGAGAAAUAGCUUAGCCCAUGUCACCCAGUUAGGAAAUGGCUGGUGAGCAGGAAGUGAACAUGGUGGGACAUUGCCUAGCCCAAGGCCCCUUGUACAAUAUUCACUCAGUAGUCUGAGGUGAGGUUGUUCCUGGUAAUCAAUGGGCUGCCUUGUUCUGUCUCAGCACAGGAAAUUCCAAGAUGGUUUUCUCUACAGGCGUCUUUGGUUCUGUCCCUGUAGGGGACAGUAGAGGAGCCCAGGUACCUAAGCCGACUCAAGAGAAGAUGGAAUUGAAUAUCUCAACGUAGAGGGCUGGGUCUCUCUGAUUGUUAAGGGGGGAGCUGUCACUUGGAGCAGUCUGGGCUGCUUUGGGCCUUAUCUGGGCAUUUCCUUGGGCUGGCAGCCCACACCCUGUCCUUGGAAUGGUUCUGGCUGGGUAGCAGCCUCCAGGUGGGCAAAAUUUGGGACUGGUUUAGGGCGGAGACAGAGCUGAGAACACAAGUUUCCUUGUGCUCUGGAGGGGGUGAGGGCAGAAGGAAAUCGGAGUCUCCAUUCUCCCCCUAGUCACUCUCUUGCUCAUAGUCCAUGAUGGCUUGGUCCCCAGUGUUCCUUGGAGUCAUUGUCUUGCUGUCUGCCUUCCCAGAGCCUUGUGACGGGGGCCACCCCAUGCCCAAGCUGGCUGACCGGAAGCUGUGUGCUGAUGAGGAAUGCAGCCGUAAGAGUGGGGAGGGGAGAAUUGGGGGCUUGGGUUGUUGGUGUGUUUGUGUGUGUUGUGGGGUAUGUGUGCUGUUAUUCCCUUCUAUUCUUUCCCUAGACCCCAUCUCCAUGGCUGUGGCCCUUCAGGACUACAUAGCCCCUGACUGCCGUUUCCUGACCAUACACAGGGGCCAAGUUGUAUAUGUCUUCUCCAAGCUGAAGGGCCGUGGGCGACUCUUCUGGGGAGGCAGUGUUCAGGGAGAUUACUAUGGAGAUCUCGCUGCUCGCCUGGGCUAUUUCCCCAGUAGCAUUGUCCGAGAGGACCAGACCCUGAAACCUGGCAAGAUCGAUAUGAAGACAGAUAAAUGGGAUUUCUACUGCCAGUGAGCUUUGCCUACUGCUGUCCCUGCCGGUUUUCCUCCCUGACUUUAUGCAAAUACAUCGACUAAGUGCAAA